CCCAUUCUCACCCUCUGACCCGAUCGGAAUUUUGUCUCGCCCCGGAAACGAGCAGGUGCGACAAACCCUUCCACUAUGUCGACCACCCAAGCAGCUGGCAGCUUGGUGAGCAAGCUUCCUCAACGACUACGCAACUUCUUUGCCCGCUAUCCUCCGCAAAUCUAUUCCGCGGCCGUGGCACCACGCCCAGAGCCCACAGGAGAGGUCAAUGCAGAGUCUCUGCCAUCGCCCUACACACCCAACAGAGACGCGAAAGGCCACAAGCGGCCAGACCCCACCGAGUCCUCUCCGUCCCGAUCUCUUCUUUACUCCGACCCAGAUCAUCCCAACCCAUUCUUGCCUCGCAAGAACUUCCGCACGGGCAAAUGGAUUGGCCCCCGAUAUGGACUUCGGACACAGGCCGAUCUGGUGAAUCUGGCCAAAAAGUACAACGUUGAGGCUCUACUACCUCCAGGCCGCAAAUCCACCGAGUUUAAGGAGACGAGAAGGGAAGAGCGCGGAUUACAGAUCAAGGGUACCGGUAUUGGACAGAAGGUCAAGGGUCACAAGUGGGAGCGGACGAUGGAGUCUCGCUUGGAGGAGAGACGCAAAGCUAUGAUGGAGAUGCCGGAGAUGAUUCGUUUGUGGAAGCAGAGAGGUCACGGUCGUGGCUGGAAACAAUGGCCCAAGAGGUAAAUGCAUUCUUGGAUACCAUUUUCGCUACUGUGAGAUUUUAUGUAAUGUUAUAUCUUUUGCCGGUCC